CGUUUGCACGCUGCGGUGUAACAACCAUUAAACGAAUAAAGCUGCGGUCAGCUAGGUUAACUACCGACUAAUGUCGCCGAUGUUCUUUAGAACCGGCAAAACAAACCGUCUUACAGCGUAAUGUCCCUAUAACAGUAAUAGUUUUCAUGUGCCGCGAGUAUUCGUCGCCGCACUGCAGUGCCCGUCGGCGGUGGUCGAUUGACAUUCGUACACGCGAUAUGACCGCGCGGCUACAGCUGCAGCUUUCGCGUCGUUGUCCCGGACAGAAACCGUCGACGAGAUCAUCAACGACGUUCAUUCGAACAACAUGCGAACCGUAUUGUCGUUCCUAUAAUAUUAUCGUAUUAUAAUACCACAAAUAUCGAGUUUCGCGUGUCCUUGUCAGUUGCCCGCAAAGGAUUGCGUCCAUGUCAGGCGAGCCAUGAGGCUUAUCAUUUCAUGUCAUGGUGGUAGUGAGAGUACAGAAAGCCCGAGUAUUUCGCUACACGCCGACCGCAAAGAUCUGGGCAUGGACAAUCAAGGUGCUUCCGUUCGUUUUAGUGUUGCUCGUCGUUUUCGCCAUGUGCUUCUUAGCUAUAACUCGCGCUCCAGCUUUACAAAAACGAAAUUCUUUGAAGGUCAACAGCUUACAAGUGGCAAAAUUAAAACCAGAUCCAGCUAGCAGUGCACAGAAUAAAGAUUUCCAGUUAGAACGUUUGUUGAAGUCUAAACCGCCAAGCCUUCAUUUGUUCAUCACUCAGUUAAAGAAUGAAGCUAACGGAUACUGUAUGGGAAAAUUAGCUGAAUUGCACAGAAAUGCGGAGAAGUCGAAUAUUAUUUCAGAAAGACUAGAGCCAUGUCGACCAAAACCAUGGUGUCCAAAAAUACCACCAGUGUUAUACGGUGCUGAGAAAUUGGAUAGUGUCGCCGUUAAUAUGACCGAAGAGGAAAUCGUGGACGCAGUUGGAUCAAUGGGCGUCGGCGGUUCUUGGGCACCGGAUGAUUGUAAAGCUAGACACUCAGUGUGCAUCAUCAUACCCUAUAGGGACAGAAAAGAUCAUUUAUGGACAUUGUUGUACAGGCUCAUUCCGGUGUUGAAAAGACAACAGUUGGAUUUCAAAAUAUUUGUCGUCGAACAGGUCAGUAAUGUAACGUUCAAUAAAGGAGCAAUUAUGAAUGCAGCUUUUUUGACGAUUUACCGUACGUACGGCCUACGUGGUGAGGGUGAUUGGCAUAAAGGGUUAUACGGCUGCUAUGUCUUCCAUGACGUGGAUAUGUUGCCAGAGGACGACAGAAACAUGUACAGUUGUCCGGAAUUUCCCAGACACCUUUCAGUGGCCGUCAAUGAAUUUAAAUAUCAAUUACCUUACCACAAAUUGGUGGGAGGAGUGUUCAACAUAAGACCGGAUCAUUAUUUACUCGUCAACGGGUACUCAAAUCUAUUUUGGGGUUGGGGUGGUGAAGAUGACGAUAUGGGAUAUAGAUUGGAACAGGUCGGCUUGCCGAUCACCCGGCCGCCCGAGCGAUUGGCUCGAUACACGAUGGUCAAGCACGUCAAACGUAAACCGCUCGCUCACGCCGUCCGGCUCAAGUUGGUGCACACCAGCCAAAAACGUUACAGGGCCGACGGGCUGAACACGCUCAAGUACGAAGUGUUCCGGGUGGACACCGAGAAGCUGUACACCCGGAUACUGGUCGGAGUCGGUGACAUGCCCGACUAUGUCCGAUCGUUCGAAGUCUCCCGGCGAUCCACCGCGUCGCAGAACAAGAGGUGGAAAUGAUCGCGCUGCAUAAUGACUGCACUAUCAAUAAUAAUAUAUAAUAUAUGCUGCAGUAGGUAUGUUUGUUAAUUGGAUAGCCAGUAAUCCUAGUUCGUGAUGCAGUGCGACUAUUUUAUUGAAGUUUAUUUUUUUAAACGACGUACCUAUAUUAUCUCGGUAAAGUACAAGGAGGCUAUUAGUCGUAUAUAAAAUUGCAUUAAAAAAAAAAAAAAAAUUAAUUGCACUCAAAAGAUAUUUGCA